AUAGUGAGAUUUGUCGUCCGGUUUCGCUCAUCGCCGACAAGCACUCACAGAGAGCAAUUUCUUUGCACAUUCGCGCUUCUCUUUGGCUGAAAUGGCUUUCAAGGCUUUCGUCUUCCUGCUCCUGGCUUUGCUCUUGUUCACAACUGGGAGCUCAACCAAGGCUCCAGCUCACGCACCAGAGAAACCUCCCAUGGCAUUUCACCCGCCAGAGAAGGCUCCCAUUGCAGUUCACCCGCCAGUGAAGGCUCCCAUUGCAGAACCCCCUGUCAAGCCCAUCUAUGAAUGCGUGGAGCCGUGCGAGGAGCACUGCAAGGAUCACCAGAAGAAGAGGCCGUGCAUGAAGUCGUGCACGGCAUGCUGCAAGAAGUGCAACAAGUGCGUGCCUCUGGGAACUUCAAAGUGCUCCGACUGGGACUAUGUCCUCAUCCAUGGAGAGCGUGUUGCUUGCCCUUAAUGAUCUGCAAAAAAAAAAUGUGAUUAGCCAUUGCUUCAUCUUGCUUGGAUGUGGUUGUGUUUACUUCAUAUAUUGUCCAGUACUUAGUACUUUUGAUUUGCUUUGAUCAUGUAAUAAGAUCCCAUAUGGGAGGAUGUUCCAUAAAAAAAAGUUGCAAAGCUUCGUUUGUCAAA